CGUGUAACAUGUCAUUUGCCUGCUGUAGAAGUGCGGUGCAGUCUGACUUUCAUUAAAUUUUCGUUCAAAAUGUGUAAUUUGUGUCUGGUCUGAUCACAAAUUCCUGAAUAAAACGAUUGGUAGUCAUUAUUAUAAACGACUGUAACAAUUAAUAAACAUGGUGUUGCUUGGUAAUGACGAGUUCCUCGUCGAACUUACUAAGCUAUUCCAAAAGGCACGUGCUUCAGGAUCCAUAACCAUGACGAUGAAAAGAUAUGAUGGACGAACUAAACCUGAGCCGCGGGACGGAACACCCGUAGUUAAAAACCCGGAGUACAAAUGUUUAAUUAGGGCACAAUCUAGCAGCAAGAAAAUAUCUACAGUCAUUGAACAAAGAGAAGUGGAAAAAUUCAGUACAGCAUAUACAAACCUACUGAGGACGAGCGUUAACGGACUGAAACGCUUGAAAAAACCCAAGAAGAAGGCAGUGGUAACUCAGUAAUGGCAUCUAAUGCCACGGCAAUGUGUCAAGAGACUGAAAAUAUAGUGCGCAAUGUGUUCUAUGAAGUAAACAGUUGUGAGUGUUUCACCAUGGUGUCCUAAGUGUGUUGGAGGUCCAUUGAACUGUGCUCUUCUCUCGGCAGAGAUGGAAGAGUUGGUCCAUGCGCUAGUGACGCAGGCUCUGUUCCUCCUUGACCAUCGUCCAAUGUCAACUUAUUUAUACAUCUAAGUCUACAUUUUCAAAUAAAUAUUAAAAAUCUUUAAUAUUA